AUGGCGGAAUCUUACUACUUGGGACGAAACGUCGCUGAGAAGACCUGUGGGUUUUCUGGACAAUGUGAGUAUGAUGUAAUAGUCGGCCAUUGCGCAAACCAAACCAAUACUCGGUCUGUACGAGAUGCAGGAUGUUCGUGCUCAGAUCUUAAUGCAAUUGAAAGUGAUGUCGAUGCUUUGGCAUCCACUGUCCGUAAAGCACAACAUGGCUUUGAAUCUGUAUCGGCAGAAUUAACCAAAACGAUUGCCGAGUUGCAAGCAAAACAAGCAGCGCUACAGACACUUCAGAAUGAGAAGAAAGAUCUCCAGUCAAAGAUUCAAAGCACGGACUCGUCUUUGAAUGCUUCAAAGUUACGUCUAGAAGGGGAGAAGGAAUUGGCAGCAUCAGAGGUCGCCAGGCUCCAAUCAGCAAUGUCCUUGACUAAUAAAACUUUGACAACAUGCAAUGCUGCAUUGGUCGCGAUCCAGACCCAAGGAAACUCUACGUCUUCAGUGAUAAACAAUCACCUGAUCUAUUGUGGUUUUGAGGACAGUCACCUCUGUGGAUUCACACAUGAUAGCAGUUCUACCAGCUGGACACAAGGGAAGGGCACUGUUUCCUCGUCCACUGGCCCUCUUAGUGACCAUACUUACGGGUCAGCAACAGGACAUUACAUGUACCUGGAUGCUGCACGUUUGGCCAGUUAUUCCAAUACUGAGCAUGUCGUCAGGAUGACGUCACCACUCCUGACGCCGUCGACUGGAUACUGCCUCCGGUUCUGGUACAACAUGUACGGAACAGACAUCCAAACACUUAACGUUUACGCUAAGAUACUCGGCGGAAGUGGUCUCGGGAACCCCGUGUACGUACAUACGGGAGAAGUGGACAGGGCUUGGCACAUGGCGGAAGUCUCACUCGACUCUGAGUAUACAUCUCAUUCAUUCAGCUUUAUGUUUGAAGCUACUACGCAUGCGAAGAAAACGUCUCACUACACCAGUGGUCAUUCGUACACAACAACUUCCGGGUCAAGGGGCAAUAUCGCUAUUGAUGACUUGUACAUUUACAACACUUCGUGUAGCCAUAAUGAUUUAUCGAGUUGUCCCGCCGGGUCACAUCUUUACCGUGGAUCAAACGGAUCAGUUAGUGCUUGUUACAUGAUACAUGUAGUUCCGGCCACCUGGGGUGAUGCCGGAAAAGCGUGCAAAGAGCAGACCGGAGCAGGACACCUUGUGUCUAUCAACAGUGCCGAGGAACAGACGUAUCUAAUCAAUAUUAUCAACGCUGACCAAGGACUGAAAGCAAUAGGUCAGAAUGGAUUUUACACUAGUGGAAACGAUGAACGAGUAGAGGGGACAUUCGAAUGGACUGACCAAGGCUCUCACCUCCCUGUGACAUACACUGACUGGCACCUGGGCCAGCCCAAUAAUGUCGGGGGUGACCAAGAUUGUCUACUGAUGCAGUACGCCGAUAGUAACUAUGAGUGGGGUGACGUCGCAUGUAACGAGAAACACCCCUUCAUAUGUGAAAUCAACAAAUAG